AUGGCUGCGGCUGAGUACUACACUCCCGGCGGACAACAGCCCACGGGACCCCAGCCGGGUCUCGCUCCGCCUUCACACGGGAACCUGAACCCGCCCUACCCUCUGUCAGACGCGCCGCCGCCCUACAGCCAAUUCGAUCAAAGACCUCACUCACAACCGCCGCCGCAGCACCGACCAUCCGCUCCCGGCGAGCAGUACUAUCCACCACCGCCUUCAAAUGGAUACCCCGCGUACCCACCACACAAGAGCGGGAGGCCACCGCAAAACAUGCAUAAACCGCCGGGCACGCCAGGACCAUAUCCACCACAGCCAUAUCCACAGCAGGCACAAUAUCUGCAGGCACAACCGCAGGGAUACUUUGGGCUAGCUGGCACACCGGCCAUGCAACAGGUCUAUGCAAAUGGAAACGCAGACGGUCGCAAGCCUUCCUCUACACCCGCUUACGGACCACCACGCAGUCCUUAUCGCGAUGAUUCGCAGAGCAGGAGUCGAAGUCGCGGAGCGCAUCAUAGCCACCACCAUCACAAGCCAGAGGUGAAGCGGAAGCACUCCAGUGGCGUCCAUUCCUUUCUCGGCGCCGGCGGUGGUGCCAUCAUCGGAGACGCCAUAUUCCCAGGUCUUGGCACUCUCGGCGGUGCAAUCUUGGGUGGACUGGGCGGCCACGAAUAUGGAAGGCAACGCAGAUCCUACAGCAACCCAGGGCGAAUCAAAGGACAAACUCACAGCAACGAGUAUGAGCAUUACGAGAACGACCACCGGAGAGGAAGAAGAGCAUGA